CAUUCAUCCCCCAGCAGGGCCGGGGAGAGACUCCAGUCCAGCUCCCACACAAAUCUGCGCCGGGUUUGAAGAAUCACUCGGACCUGCCGAAGCCAAACCGUGACAAGCACAAGUGCCUUUCGAACCGAAGGCUGCAGCUUUGCGGGGAGCAGGCUGAGGAGGGGCACGGGCAGACAUGGCUCGUAGGGGGCCGGGUGCCCCGGGUGUGCCCUUAGCUUCAGACAUGAGGAGAAUGCACUGAGGAUCAGCACCAGCCCUUUGGACAACAGGCAACUCGGCAGAGGAUGUCCUAUCAAGAUGAAUAUGGCUCAUUCAAGAAUUAACUCUCUACUCAUCUUCUACCUCAGUUUUGUGCUGCUCAUCCAUUUAAAAAAAUCACUUUGCACGAGGAAUGAUUCCAGGUGCCUGUCAAACUCUUGCCAAAAGAACUCUACAUGUGUUGCUGGUCAUAAAGAUGACCCUUGCCUUUGUGCAGAUGCAUCAGUGGACAGUGUGGAGGAGCUCUGCAACAAAACCUCCAACCCUUGCUCCUCCAACCCUUGUCUCCAAAACGCUACCUGCCUGGGCUCUGCCGGGAACCUCAGCUUUACCUGCAAGUGCCCCGCUGGGUACAACGGCCCUAGCUGCGAAACUGCUGACAGCGACUGUGACACCAACCCGUGCGAGCAUGGAGGCACCUGCCAAAGCGGCCUGGCGGGGCCCACCUGCCUCUGCAGCGCCGGCUACACCGGCGCGCUCUGCGAGAGGGACGUGGACGAGUGCAUCUCCGAGCCGUGCCGCAACGGGGCCCUGUGCCGCGACGGCGUGGACGAGUACUCCUGCUACUGCGUCCCAGGCUACCAGGGCAAGCACUGCGACCUGGAGGUGAACGAGUGCGCCUCAGAGCCCUGCCUGAACGGGGCCACGUGCCUCAACCAGAUCGGGCACUAUGUCUGCAUCUGUCCCCUUGGCUACACGGGUACGAACUGUGAGGUGGAAAUCGAUGAGUGCUUGUCCCAGCCAUGCCUGAACGGGGGGACCUGCCACGAUUCCCUGGGGAGCUUCUCCUGCUCGUGCGCGCGGGGCUUCCUCGGGGACCGCUGCGGCACCGACAUCGACGAGUGCUCCAGCCAGCCCUGCCUGCACGGGGCACCCUGCAUGGAUGGGGCCAAUGGGUACAGCUGCAACUGCACCGGGACUGGAUUUAUGGGCUCGCACUGCGAGACCCUCAUUCCUUUGUGCUGGUCACAACCAUGCUACAACAACGCCACUUGUGAGGACCAUGCUGACAAUUACACGUGCCACUGUUGGCCAGGCUACGCGGGCUCCCGCUGCGAGGAGGACAUCGCCGAGUGCCGCAGCAGCCCCUGCCUCUCCGGCGGCCACUGCGUGGAGCGCUCCUGGGCCGGCCUCUACGGGCUGGUCCCGGGGCUGCCGCCGCCCUUCCGCUACGACCGGGCCGAGGGCUACGUCUGCCGCUGCCCGCCGGGCUUCGCCGGUACUCACUGUGAUGAAGACGUCAACGAAUGUUACACAAACCCUUGCCAAAAUGGUGGGAUCUGUGAGAAUUUUCCUGGAAAUUACACUUGCCAUUGCCCACCUGCAGACAAAGAAGGAAUUUUUUAUGGUGGCUGGAACUGUACAGAAGUUCUGCAUGGCUGUACUGAUCAUCAAUGCCAAAACAAUGGAAUAUGUAUCCCACAUUUAAAAAAUGGCCAACAUGGAUUCAGCUGCAUAUGUCCACCUGGGUAUACUGGAAUACACUGUGAAACCAUAACCACAUUUUCUUUUCAAGGAAACAGUUUCCUUUUGUUGAAGAAUUCCCAGACCCAUAAAAAGGAUUUUUUCUAUAAUAUAAACCUGAGGUUUCAAACUGUGCAACCCACAGCUUUUCUGUUUCACCGAGGGGAGAAAAACACCUUUGCAAAGUUGGAAUUACUGAAUGGCUACUUACACUUAUCCGUGCAAGUCAAUAAUCAGCCACAGGCUCUUUUGCAUAUCCCACAUAAUGUCAGUGAUGGAGAAUGGCAUUCAGUGGAGGUAACCUUGGCAAGAGCUGUUAUUCUUAAUUUGCUUGACAGCUCUUGUGUAGAAUCCUGUCUCAAUAAAACAUCUGCUAAGAUAGAUAACGAGCCGGUGAUGUUUGCGUUUCAGAGCACGUAUUUGGGCGGCUUACCAGUGGGGAACAGCAACCCUCUACAGAACACCUUUAAUACACAUUCUGCACCUUCAUUUGUAGGCUGUCUUCAGGAUGUUGAGAUAGACUUGAAUGUUAUUACUCCAGAGAAUGUAUCAUCUGGCUCAUCUUUAAAUGUCAGGACAGGAUGUGCUAAAAAGGACUGGUGUGACCCCCACCCGUGCCAGAACAGGGGACGCUGCAUCAACCUGUGGCUGAGCUACCACUGCGACUGCUACCGGCCCUACACGGGGCCAGACUGUGCAGCAGAGUACAUUCCAGGCCGGUUUGGAUCCGAGGACUCCUCAGGCUAUGCUGCUUUUCCUGUUGGUUCCACUCAGAAUGAGAACUUCAUCAUAUCAAUGUUUGUCCGAACACGCAAACCUUCUGGCUUGUUACUGGCUCUGAGGAAUAGCACUGACCUCUACAUAAGAGUCUAUUUGGAAGGUGGGAAACUGACCAUGCUAGCUCUAAAUUCCAUGAAGUUAUUAGGGAAACACUCAGUGAACGAUGGAAACUUUUACUUAAUAACCUUAAAAAUAGAACCAAAUAAGAUGGAGUUAUUCCAGUCCUCUCACUACCUAGGCUUUAUUUCUACUCCAGCACUAACCAUCCAAAAUAAGGAUACUCUUUACAUUGGAGGCCUACCAGAUAGCAAAGAAACUGACAGAAAUGGCAGGUAUUUCAAAGGCUGUAUCCAAGAUGUAAGAGUGAAUAACCAGCCGCUGGAAUUCUUCCCCAUCACCAAUCCACCAAAUUCUCUUAUCAACCGAACACUGAUCAACGUUACCCAAGGCUGUACUGGUGACAACCUCUGCAAGUCCAGCCCUUGCCACAAUGGUGGUGUGUGCUAUUCAAUCUGGGAUGACUUCACUUGCACGUGCCCCCCUAACACAGUGGGGAAGGCAUGUGAGGAAGUUAAGUGGUGUGAGCUUGGGCCCUGUCCUCAUGAAGCACAAUGCAAGCUGGUGCACCAAGGAUUUGAAUGUCUUGCUAACGCAGUGUUCAGCGGCCGGAGCAGCGCAAUAUUUUACAGAAGCAACGGGAAAAUCAGCAGAGACCUCACCAAUAUCGUCUUUGGCUUUCGAACCAGGGACACUGACGUGAUCCUGCUGUAUGCAGAGAGGGAGCCUGAGUUUGUCAUCAUCAGUAUCCACAACUCCAAACUCCUGUUUCAAUUACAAAGUGGCAACAGUUUCUACAGGCUGACCCUGGCGAGUUCAGUGCCUGUGAGCGAUGGCAAAUGGCACCGAGUGAUGGUCUCUAUGGUGGAGCCCCUGUCCCAGUCCUCCAGAUGGUACAUGGAUAUCGACAGCAAGAGAGACACGGCAACCAGCACAGCUGCUGCAGGAAGCCUCAACUUUUUAAGAGAAGAGACAGACAUCUAUGUGGCUGACAAGGCUUUUGACAGCCUGGAUGGCCUGCGAGGGUGCAUGAGCACCAUAGAAAUCAGUGGUAUUUAUCUCUCGUACUUCGAAAAUGCUGACAUCCCUACUAAAAAACCUCAAGAGGAGCAAUUUCUCAAAAUAUCUGCAAACCCUGCUCUUACUGGCUGUUUGGAGGUAGAUUUCUGCAGCUCUGACCCCUGUAUGCAUGGGGGGAUAUGUGAAGACUUUUACACUUCCUACCGCUGUGUAUGUCCUGAUGGAUGGACUGGAACCUACUGUGAAGUCAACAUUGAUGAGUGCUCUUCAAACCCCUGCAUCCAUGGGAACUGCACAGAUGGGAUUGCCUCCUAUGAGUGCAGCUGUGAGCCUGGUUACACCGGGGAGAACUGUGAGGAGGACAUAGACGACUGCCAUGGCCACCAGUGUGUGAAUGGGGCCACCUGUGUUGAUGGGAUUAAUGGAUACUCCUGUCUGUGUGCUGCUAACUUCACAGGCAGGUUUUGCAGGUAUCGAAGAUUGCCUUACACAGUGUGUGGGAAUGAAGAGAGGAACCUCACAUGUUUCAACUACGGCAACUGCACCGACCUUGGCGGGGAGCUGAGCUGCACGUGCCUGCCGGGCUUUGUGGGAGAACGGUGUGAGAAGGACAUUGAUGAGUGCAGCUCUGACCCAUGUCUGAACGGGGGCCUCUGCCAGAACCUCCUCAACAAGUUCCACUGCCUGUGCGACGUGAACUUUGCCGGCGACCGCUGUGAGAUCGAUGGCUCUCAAUUUCAGCACUGAGUUUCAGCAAGAGAACCAGGACCUGGGGGAAGAGGACCAGAGCCUGCUACCCAUGGUCACAGGCAGGGACCAGAGCCUACAGGAGGAGGCUGCACCCUUUAUAUGCUGGGCUUUGAUGGGUCCUUGGGGCUGUUCUCAAAGACCUGAUAACAGAAAUAAAUAACACCUACCACUAAUGUCACUGAUUAAGAAAGAAAUCUCAACUGUCAUGUGCUGAAAAGUGGAGUUUUGAGCGACUCCACAUUGUGCACAAGUCAGGUUGUGCAAAUCCAUCACAGUUAAUUGAGACUGAUAAUUCCUAAUACAGGCAAAUCAUGUCUGGUGAAAACAAUGUGCAAGGAAACACGUUAGUGAGAAGAAAUAACAAGCAGAUAUUCACUCAGACAGUACUUCCACAUUGCAAAUACUUCAGCAAAAUCUCUCUUGCCUUUUUUAUCCCCCUGUACAGAAGAUAUUGGAAUCUAGAAGGACAGAUUAAACAUACAUGGAAAAAAUCAGAAAAGCAGAGGUUUGCAGUAGGAAAGGUUUAGUUGCUUCCUUGUCUUAGCUGCUGAUAACCUACAUUACCCUUCCCUGCCCCAUUCUCUUCUACAAAUUUUGUCAUUACCAUCAGCCCCAUCUUGAGUGUCACAUCAUCCUGCACAUGCUGCUCUGACCAACAUCUGUGCAAUCAAUGAAGAAAACAGUUUUGAAAUCCAUUCUUCUUUCUUAUAAUUUUAACUAUUUCACUCUGUCUACUGAACCUCUCUCCAUCUCUAUUCCUUGGAAACUGUCCUGCCCUCAUCUUCAGCACUGUAGCAUCUUUUCUUAUUCUUCUCCUGUUUGGGGGUUUAACCUCCUGACCCCUUCACACUCAUUUCGCUCUCCCAUGACAGCAGACUUCCUCAAAAGGCCUGUGUGCUCUUCCAAAUCUCUCUUCAUGUUCCACUUCUACUGUGGCACCUACAGGGAUGCAGUAAACUCAACCUGGCCACAUGCAGGGAAAAACAGAAAGCCACCGUUUUCAGUGAUAUCCUUGAGUUUAAAUAUCUCCUAUUUCUUCCUGCAAGAUGCUUGCCUGAUGAGGCUUUUAUCCACCACCAAGAUGUACUCACACAGAAUCUGCUGUCUCAAAGCUGCAAAGCGGUUAUCCCCUGUGAAGAAACACCACCUGAUACACUGUGCUGGCAGCCACGCACAGAAAUAAUUCUGUAUGAUGCCCCAAAGCAUUUCCCAAACUGGAAAAGGAUGUUGCACCCCAGAGACUGACACCUUUACUAAAACAUUUGUCUAGUCUGCUAUAUAGCAGCUAUGGGACAAACUCCUCCUCAGCAUGGCUUGCCUGGAUUUGCACCAGCUAUAGAUUUUUCCCUCUUAUGCUUUCAGACUGCAGCAGAUGGUGAAGUUCCUACACCAGAGGCUGUCGAUAGAAUUUUAAAAGGCAUCUCAUAACAACACAUUGGAGCUGCACAUUUAAUCUGUGCUGCACCACUCGGAUGAUCUUAAAAAGAGCUGGAACACUUACAAAAUUAGCACUGGCAGUUGCUGCAGAAGCACUAUCGAGGAGCUUCUCAAAGCCCACAGCUUAAUGAGAGCUGCCCUCCCAUACUGCCACCCAAAUCACUUCUCUCUGUGCAACCAACACUCCGCUGCCUAAAAGGCAUUCAGCAAUCUGUGAGAUACUGAGCCAGCAAAACAUCUGAUGCAGAUUUUAAGGGGCUGCUGAUGCACUUCUGGCUCUUUUGGGUGCAUGGCUGAGCUCAUGCACAGUCCCGGCCAAAACCAGGACUGUUGUUCCUUUUGCCUAAGACAGACCAUUCCAGAGGUACUAAACUCCUCUGUUUUCAUGUCUGGCCUGCUUGCAUUAAACAGUUAAUGCAAACCAGACAUCAAUACUACAAGUAGUUAAAGAAAUUAUAGUUACUGUAGGUAGCAUGUUAUUUAAAGGUUAAUUCCUAAAAGUGAGCCUUCCUAGCAGGAAAAGCUUCUUGGCCAAAAGGCUAGUACUGCCAGUAGAAGGCCGCCUAAGCCAUGUAUCAGCACUGAGGAAGGGACAAACUGCUCUGCUUUAAACACAGCACAGUUUCAAGUGAUCUGGGAAUGGUCCUGCAGCCCAGUGUGGGGAGGAGGAGGUCUGGGUAAGCUGGUCUGACUGGGAGAUCAGGACUAAUGUGAACAACACCCUUGUUUCACUGAAGUCUGCUUUACCAUUUAGUUGCAACGCUUCAGAGAGCUCCAUCUCCAAUCUCCAAUUUCUUGCUCCGCUAUAAUUAGAACAAACCUCCUCAUUAACUUCUGUAGUGUCACAACAGUGCAACUUCACGUGCCAGGAGGGAGGCUGUCAGAAUUUCUUAAUGAGGUGCCUUCUCUGCAAGCCCAGCUAAAUCCUAGACUUCAAUCAUCUCCACCUUCUUCAUUUUCUCACAGACUGCCACAGACUUAAUUCUUCCUUCAUAGUAAAGAUUGCAUUUUUAUGAUCUAUAACUGGUCAAGCCAGAUGACCAAUUUAUCAUUAUAGCAACUAACAUGCAUUCCCUCUAUGCUUUUUCCUUGAUUUCAAGAACUGUCAGAAAACUAAAAGUUGAUGUUUUUCAGGAAGGAAUAAAUUAAAACAGUCAGGUGUCAACUAAGACAAACUAUUCAAACUACAUUAUAUAAAACACAUAUACUAUAAAGAGGUUGUAGUGAACAUAAUUUUUUCAGAGACAUUUCAAGAAAAUAUUCAGACAACAACACUCACA